AUGAGCAUCCUACUCGGGUACGAUUACUUUGAUACAACAGCAGAGGACCUAGAUAUCUUAAAACGUAAAUUAGCAGUAGUCGAAAAGGGACAGCAGGGAAACACGGCAGAAGUUACCAAAAAUACGGACGAGAUUGUAAAAUUAAAUAACCUCGGGAAAAAUUAUGUACAGUACGAUUUUACACAAACACCUGGGUAUCCACCCGGAUUUCUUCAAACUUCUAAUAUUUCCGAUGCGGAUAAAGGGAACGCAAAAUUCAUCAGGUUUAAUGUUAGUGACGGAAGUAACACGGCAACAUCCUCCACCCUGUACGAGUUUUACGUGGGAAGUGCAGGAACCGUCGUCAUGUUUACGCGUGAUCAGAGCAGUAGGAUUAUACAGGUCUCGUUUACAUUUUUCGUUACUGGCGAUACAACAAAUUCUAUGCUACAAAUUUUUGGUCUAGAAUCCAAGGAUGUAGACUAUUCCGGAAAUGUAACCAACAGAACAGGAACUACAACCAUAAGCUGCUUCCUCAUGACAACAUAA